UGUUGUAAUUAUAUUAUUAAAUGGGUACAAAUUGCUGAAUGCCUUCAAAAGACUCGCUGAUUAGUAGAAGCAGGACAUCUAGAAGCUCCGAAACACUUAUUGAUAAAAGCAUGAGCGCAUCAGACUCUGUCAAUAUUUACAGUAAAUUUUAUAUGAGAAACCGCAUGGAUACAGUUACCGAAAGACAAAUGGAAUCAAGUUCAACUCUAUUUCAUAGUCAAUUAAAAUCAAUGCAUAGUAGAGAUGAAGAACUCAGCAAAAAUUUUAUUAUCGAAAAUACCCAAGACACCAGGAGAGCUUAAAUUAUGAAGAGCUCAUUUAUAAAAACUAAU